UCUUGUUUGGCGUUUGACAUAAACAUCAACUUUUAGGUUGUGCUUGUGUUUGUCUUGCGUUUUAAAACGUUGCUAAGCUGAUUUCUUCAUUCAAUUCUUGUUUUACAAAUACACUACAACUUCUUGUUUCUAUAAUUGCUAUGGAGUCGAAAAUAUCAUUUGGUUUCAAAAAACUACCGAAGAAAAGCGCUGUGAUUGGUGCAAAACCACCCGAAGAAAAUAAAGUUGAAUUGAUUGAGUGUUUGGAUGCUUCAAACAUUAAAAUUAUUGGCCAUGUGGAAGAAGAGAAGAAAGCUUUAGUUAUUCCAAUGCAAGGUGCGAACAAAACCCUACUUGAUAGAAUUAAUGAUGCUAAUGAUCUCAAAGAAAGAAUAAAUAAGAAGGAAGAGGUAGUUGAUUUGAGACCUGAUGCAGAAUUAACCAUUGAUGAAUUGGCUGCAAGGAAAUUACUUGAAGAGGCGAAAAAUUAUGAAAAAAAGACGACUGCUGUAAAAGUUUCAUCAAUUGCAAUUGAGGACCAACUUAUUUUAGAGGGAGCAAAGGAAUCAACAAUGGAUGAUUAUGAAGCAGUGCCAAUUGGUGAUUUUGGCAUGGCUAUGUUAAGAGGAAUGGGUUGGAGUGAGGAUCAAGGUGUAGGCAAGAAAAAAGUUGAAGCCCCACAAUUGAGACCUAAAGGAAUGGGUCUAGGUGCAAGUGUUCCAGGGAAUACAAGAAAUAAAAUUCCCUUAGAUAAAGAUGGUAAAGAGUUGAAACUGGUUAAAGAUGCCAAGGCAAGGAUUAUUGCUGGAAAGGAAAAGGGAAACUAUUGUAUUGUGCAAGGAUUAGAUGAUGAUUCAGGUCGGGUGGUAGUGAAAACAACUUUAGCUGGGACCAUCUUAUCACUCAACGAAUUCAUGUUGUUUCCUGUUUCAAAUGAUGAAUAUGCAAAGUGUUCAAAAGUUUUAAAUAGUUUUAAAUUUGAAAAAUUCAAAGAAAAGUCCGAACAAACGAUGAAGAAUGAAGAUAUAAAAAACGGAAAAUAUAAAGAAAGCAAAGAUGAUGAUAGUGUUCAACACAUUCCCAAUGGAAAACCGGAGAGAAUUGAACUGUCAUCUGAAUCGGAAGGUGAACGCGAAAAAUAUAAACAACAAAAUACAUCACACAAAAUCAAGGUAAAACAUGAACGUAGAAGUAGAAGUAAAAGUCGUGAAAGGAAUAGACAUAAAGAAGAUAGGAUAUCUUCUAAGUCUAGCAGAAAUUCAAGACGAUCAAGAUCAAGAAGCACAUCGAGAAGUAGAAGUAACAAACGAAGAGAGCGCACUAUUUCGAGAAGUAGAAGCAGAAGCAGAACUAAAAAUACAAGUAAUAGACAUAAAUCAUCAGGAAGAAGCAAGGAUCGUGCGUAUUCAAUCUCAGAUUCUGAUGAUGUUUCAUCAAAUGAUGAUUAUAGGCAUAAGAGACGGGAUAAGAAGACGAAAAAGUCGAAGAAACACAAAAGGGAUAAAAAGUCUAAGAAAGAAAAGAAGAAGUCAAAACGGCGUUCUUCAUCGUCAGAUAGUUAUUCGUCGGAAAGCGAUGAUUAUGCUUCUUCAAAGACGAAAAGUAGGCGGUGAAGAACAUUUAACAAAACAAUAUUCUUAUCUGUAAAUUCAAUUAAAAAAUUAAGUAAAUAAAAAAGGAAUGCUACGAUGUAUCGUACGAACGAUGUUUUAUGAUAAUAUUUGGCAAAUUAUGGCUUCAACAAUCCUGUAAUUGUUUAUCAUAAAGCGAAAACCAUUACAGAAUAUUAAACUCAACUCUAUUUGAUGCUGUGAUUAGUGGAAAAUUGCUUCUAAGAACUGGUGAGUUUUGAUAGAACGUGUUUACAUUGGUUUUAAGCAAAAUUAUUUGUUUUUGUAGCAAAUAUUUUGCUCAUAGUCAAAAACUGAAUACAAAUAAACUAGUUUUUCAUUA